CUUGGAUGGAAUCCGCUGGAGUGCGGCUAGGGUUUUUCUUCUGUCGCUUCUUCAUCCGCUGCUCUUCUUUUCUCCCCACAAAACCCUAGCUUUCUCCUUUCCCCGACAGGCCUUUCGUGGCCGAAUCUAGGGUUCCAUGGACAUCGAAUCGAUGAGGGCCUUCUUCUUCUCCUUCUAGUGCCUAGGGUUUACUCCAGCCCCUCCGAGCGCCGCUCCCAGAGGUCACAGCGGAAAUGGCCACCGGGAACCCCUUCGAUCUCCUCGGGGACGAUGACAACGACGAUCCCUCGCAGCUGAUCGCUGUCCAGCAGCAAAAGAUCGCAGCCAAGAAGCCUGCCGCCCCCGCGGGCCCCGCGCCGGCGAAGUUCCCGACGAAGCCCGUCCCUCCGUCUCAGGCCGCGAGGGAGGUUAGAAGCAGCGCUGCACCUACACGCGGUGGAGUCAGCCGAGGUGGACCUGGGCGUGGUAGAGGUGGACGAGUUGGGACGGGCCCAAAUCGGGAUUUUGGAAAUGGGAACGCCAAUGGGUUUUCAGGGGGCUAUGGUGGUGGUGUUGGUGUGGAAGGUGAUGCUGGACGGCUUCCUGAGAGGGACCGUGGGCCACGUCCACCAUUCCGUGGAGGCCGUCGUGGUGGAUAUGGAAAUGGUGAGGGUGGAGGUGACUCUGAACGCCCCCCACGCAGGAUGUAUGAGCGGCGCAGCGGUACAGGCCGUGGGUAUGAGAUGAAACGUGAGGGAGCAGGGCGUGCGAACUGGGGAACUGCUACUGAUGAUGUGAUUGCACAGGCAACUGAUGAAAAUGUGAAUGCCGAUGAUAAAAUUCCUGCCAGCGAGAAGCAGCCAGAGCAGGAUAAUGCACCUUCAUCAGAGGCAAAUAAGGAAAAGGAUGUGCAAGCAAAUGAAGCAGAAGAAAAGGAACCUGAUGACAAAGAGAUGACUCUGGAGGAGUAUGAGAAAAUAAGGGAGGAGAAGCGAAAAGCCCUACUUGCAAUGAAGACCGAAGAGAGAAAAGUUGAAAUUGAUAAGGAGUUGCAGUCCAUGCAGCAGCUUUCAUUGAAAAAAGGAAAUGAUGAUGUAUUUAUCAAGUUGGGUUCUGACAAAGAUAUGGGUAAAAAGAAAGAUGUUGCUGACCGUGAUGAACGGGCUAAGAAGCCUGUGAGCAUCAAUGAGUUUUUAAAGCCAGCAGAAGGAGAAAGAUACUAUAGUCCAGUUGGCCGUGGACGUGGCAGGGGACGUGGUGACCGUGGACCAUUCAGGGGUGGUUUUGGGGGUAGGGGCACAAGCACCCCAGCUACUGCCCCUUCAAUCGAAGAUCCUGGACAGUUUCCCACUCUUGGGAAGUAGAGAGCUUGCUGCGUGAAAAAUUGUGCCUUAUCUGCCACUGUCUGAAGUUCAUCUGUUCCUAAUUUAACUGGGACUUGCAGGAUUCAGUAAAAUAAUGAUGUUUCCCUGUUCUUCAUAAGUUCUCUUUUGUUCUCAACUAUUGUAUAUUUGAGUGAAAUUGGACGUCAUCACUAAUAUCUCUGGUUAAGUGUAGGUCUUACCACUGUUAUGGUAUGUUAUUUAUAUCAAUUUUGGUCAUGCUUCACGUUUGCAA